UCAUCAUCAAGACGGUGCCGUUUGGGUUGCAUCCAACCACAAUCGGCCACGUGGUUGGUGACACGCUAAGACAUGACUACGCGGUUUCGCUGUUAUCUUUGUUCCACGCGACACAUGACCUUGCCGUCGCUCCCUGCCUCCCUCUCUCUCUUCCAUGGAAACUCCCACAUAGACACAUGAACCAUCCCUCACAGUCUUUAACUCCUUUCAUCUUAUCUUUGUUUUGCCCUCCUUUUCUUCCUUUUCUUAUAGGUGUUUUUCCACGAGAAUCUGGUCAAAAAAUUUGAAUCCUGUUUGCGGAUCCGUCGGUUCCUUCGAGAUCUACUUCACGAUGAUGUCUUCUGGGACAUCCUCGUACUGGUGCUACCGGUGCAGCCGAUUCGUCCGCGUUUUUCGCCAGGAUGCCGUGGUCUGUCCCGACUGCGACGGCGGAUUCAUCGAAGAAAUCGAACACCCGCCGCGCUCAGUCCACCUCGACCCUCGCCGUCGUCGCUUCCCUGCUGCCGCCAUGUACAUGAUCGGCCAGCGCCCUGCCUCCGACAACGCUGCCCGUCCCUUCCUGCGCCGCACCCGCCGCAACGGUGGUGACCGCUCCCCCUUCAACCCCGUUAUCGUCCUCCGCGGCAGCGCAGCUGCCACCUCCGCUACCAGCGAGGAGGAAAGUCGAGGCUUUGAGCUCUUCUACGACGAUGGUGCCGGUUCUGGCCUGAGACCCUUGCCUCCGAGCAUGUCAGAGUUUCUACUCGGAUCUGGAUUCGAUAGGCUUCUGGAGCAACUGUCUCAGAUUGAGAUCAACGGUAUUGGAAGGUAUGAGCACCCUCCUGCGUAUGAGCACCCUCCUGCGUCAAAAGCAGCCAUAGAUUCCUUACCAACCAUCGAAAUUGAUAACACUCACUUAGCCAUGGAAUCACACUGUGCGGUGUGCAAAGAAGCUUUUGAAUUAGGUACCGCGGUGAGGGAAAUGCCGUGUAAGCAUAUAUAUCACCCUGAAUGCAUCUUACCAUGGCUCGCUCUCCACAAUUCUUGUCCUGUUUGUCGCCACGAGUUACCUGCGGAUUCCUCAAACGCAAAUUCAAAUGCAAAUUCAAAUCCACCACAAAAUGUUGGCUUGAACGAGGAAGAGAAUGUGGGGUUGACGAUUUGGAGGUUGCCCGGUGGAGGGUUUGCUGUUGGGAGAUUUUCCGGUGGGAGAAGAGGUGCUGAGAGGGAGCUUCCUGUGGUUUAUACUGAAAUGGAUGGAGGGUUUAACAAUGGAGGUGAGCCUAGGAGGAUUUCAUGGUCUUCUAGAGGGAACAGAGGGAGAGAGAGUGGGGGAUUGAACAGGUUUUUCCGCAAUUUGUUUGGUUGCUUCAGAGGUGGGGUUGGAAGUAGUGGUUCUAGUACUACACAGCGUUCUGCUUCUAGUAGAGAGUCUAUGAGAGCGAGUUCAUCUCGUUCUAGUAUGGAUCCUUCUCCGCGAUCGCGUAGGACUUGGUCUAUGGAUGUAAACAGUGGGAUGAGAGCAUGGUAGUAGUAAAGGAGGAGAAGAAGGUAAGUUAGAGUAUAUAAAAGCUCUCAACUUUUUUUCUCUGGAAUCCCCUUUAUCAUUGUCAAAGUGUACAUAAUGAUAUUGGUUGAGAGUCCUCAAGGAUUCAAUGCAAUCAUGGAGUCUAGUGAUUGAUUCUCACAUUUUCUUUGAUGGGGAACUGUUAUGUUAACAAUAGGGCAUAGGGACAGGGAGUCACAGCAAUUGUUGAAAGUUAAACCCAUGAAGGAACGAGACUGAAGUAGGGGCUAUGUGGCUGUCAAGUGUUUGUGUAUCUUUGGAAUUUUUUGGGUGAGGGGAAAUGAUAUGAUGAUGAUGAUGCAUGAUCUUGAACUUCGUUUUACUUUGAUAAUGAAUUGAAGCACCUUCUGAUGUUUUUUUUUUCAUGCUUUUAUCUUUCUUACUCGUCUAUGGUCCUUCAAAUUCCUUGUUCAUUGUGUCCCUAAUUGUCAUUGGCUUUUAAUCUUCAGCAUACUCCUGUCUCGAAUUGAUGAUAACUUGCUUAGAUUAAUGGUCAGCUACAUCACUUUUUCUCUUCUACAAAACAUAAAAGAAUCGUUUGUGUGGAA